GUUGGAUUAUCAUUCAACACAUUAUUGUCAGUAAAAUGUCUGACGAAGAGCAAAAACAAGAAAAAUCUAGGGAUGCUUCAACUGGUACCGAAAAGAUUAAAAAACCCUCUAAGGAUGGAGCUAGUACUGAAAGACCCUCAGUUACUUUUCAUCAAAGAGAAGACGAAACCAAAGAGCCGCCAUCUUCUUCUAUAAGUCUGAAACCAGGUCCCAAAGUAGCGCCAAAACCGAAGAAGUCGUCGAUAAGUAGAUCAAGUUCCCAAGAUGGAAAUUACGAAGUAUCUGCAGACGCAUAUGAAAAGCCAUUUUUUAAAGCAUCUGCUAAAAAAGCUAUUGGAAAAGAGGCAGUAUCCCAAGGAGAUGCAGAUGAAAAACCAGGGUUUUCCAGAUCAUUCGAAAAGGGAACUAUAGGAGGUCUGACAAUUACAGAAGGUGAGCCAAGCAGUAAAAAAGGGAUUGAAGAGGAACAUUCGGUGACAUUAGUAGAGUCUGUACCCGGGAAAGUUCUUCUUACAGAAGCGGAAACUGAAAAGCCCCUAACUUCAAGCGGUAGAGUAGAUGAAAACCCCCCAACAAGGCGAGUUCGAGAGCCAUUUGAUUCAUUUAAUAGGGAAGAAUACUUGUCUGGUUUGAUAGAUUACGAUCGCUCAUCAGAAGAUAAGCCUGAGAAAAGGCAGAACUGGGAGCCAGACAGUAUUCUUCGGCGACGUCUUCCCAACAAUCACGAGCUUAACUCAAGUUCAAGUCUUUACGGCGAGGAGGAAGACAUUGAUUCAGUUGGAUCUGCCACCAUGCGAGGCAGCUAUCGAGAUCGAUCCCAGAAGGCCGACGACGAAGCUGUCCUCCUAGCUGAAGUAAUCAAUAUGGGGAAGUUAAAGGAGCUGAAGGACGAGCGUGACUCAAGUACAGGGUUUCUUAAGCAACCUAGGGUGGAUAGAACCAUCGAUGAGAUAAAAGGUUCCAAAACCACAGGAACGAGUAAACGUCAUGUUGAAGAAGUUAAAUACAAGGAGAACUCAAGUGAUGAUGAUAGUACUGGGCCAGUAAGAAACAAAGCCACCAUUACGAAAUUGUUUUGUCUUACUCAGAGAAGGGUGGAAGACAAGGAAAUUCCCAAGGAAGAUGAAGAACCGAAAGAAAAGGAAGAGAAGAAACCUCCUCCGGAACCAGAAGUGCAGUUGGCGGCAAAGAAACCCUGGAGUUUCCCUAUAACAGAGACAUUUUCUGAUAUUCCUGGAGAGGAUCAGCCACUGCGAGAAAACCAAAAGGUUAAAUUAGGGAGAAGAAAUAAGAAGUUCAGGGCUAUAGGAAUCAAUACGGAUAUAAGCAGAAAACCCGCAAGAAUGAAGGUCCCUACUGAUGCUACGGAAAACGACAUGGGAGUUUACCAUGACCAUGGAAGACUGCGAGAUAUAGGCCAAGUUACUGAUAGACUGUCCAAGAAUCGGAAAAACUAUAAACAUAAGACUGAACCAGAUGAUAAUCCCAUUGAUGUAGGACCCUCCGAUGAUCGGAAAAGGGAUAUUGGAGUUAAUACUAAGGUCCUACCGAAAUCCAAAACUCCACUCAUAUCCGCUAUGCACACUCGUAAUGGAGGACAACUAAGGGACGUUGGAACUAACACAGAUAAGCCCUUUUUGCCUAUGGACGAUGGAACCAAGGUUAUCUACAUGGAGCCCAUUAAGUCUGACGCAAAGAAACUGAAUAAACUAAUUGUGGACCCACCACAGGACAAAGGACCCUACAAGAUGCCCACAAAGGAAGAAAGGAGAGCUUAUUACGAGGGCUGUGAAUAUCAUUUCCCAGGCAGAACUGGAUGGCGACGACUUUUCUACAAUGGAAAAUAUGAAAUACGCCGCUUUAGGCACUGGGUUUAUACCCUGAUCUUUGCCAUACUAUACAUUUCAUUUGUCCUGCUUUUUUCGAUGGCCUGGUUCGAUUAUGUCACAGAUGAAGCUCCCAGAAAGGCUCCGAAUAAAAAGAUGACUCAACCAACUAUUACUUUCGCUCCCAUUGGACCUCGAACUAAUCCCAAAACAAUCGCCUUCGAUCCACGAAAUGAUACUGAGGUGAUGGAAAAGUACGCUGGUAUAAUGGCUCUCUUGGAAAAAUAUGGUGACUCUGGACAUAACCCUCGGUUUGGAACUUGCACCGCCUCCGAAAAGUUUGGUUAUUCUAGUGGUAAACCGUGUGUUUUCCUUAAGGUGAACCGCAUUAUUGGUUUCAGGACCGAACCAUACACAAGUUCCGAUGAGCUCGUUAAUGCCAAACUUGAUGAGAGCGACUUUGCGGCUUUGAAGAGCCUUCUAGAGAACAGCACCUCAAAGGAAAAUCGCCAGAACCGUACCUGGAUUACUUGCCGAACAGGUACAGACAAAAGUGUUGAGAUUGAAUUUCAUCCUGAACCAGCUUUAAGAACGGAAUACACAGAUAUUGAGGAAAAAAUAGAGUUUGUCAUGGACAAAGGAAAGAAAUCUUUCUUCAGCCCAACUAAUGUUAAUCGAAUAGUGGCUCUUCAGAUCAAAAACCUAAGGGCAAACGAACGAGUCCACGUGAAUUGCAAAAUGUGGGCUCACAAUAUCCAUCAUAAGCAACAGGGUCAUGGUCAAGUGUCUUUCUAUGUUUUAUUGGCUACUGAUAAAAACCGGAAAAGGGUGGAGAAAGUUCUCAGGCACCAUGAUUCAUUGUAAAGAAUGUUUGACAAUUGUGUAAAUAAAAUAUAAAAAAUACAA